GAAGCGCACGCGCCGCGACACUUAACUCGCGCGCAUCGCGAGCGGCAACACGAAAAUACCCGCCUGUCGACUCUAUUAAAACGUGAAAUUUGAAUUUAACUGAUAUAUUUUUUUAUAAAAAAAAUAACUUUAUUUUUUUAAAUUGUUUUUCAAAUUCUGUACUUAAAAAAAUAAACGGAUGUGAAAGAAAUAUUUUCGAAGGGCAGAAUGAUUUGCCGCGCAAAUUUAUUCAUAAUUGGACUCGUUUUCCGAAUAACAUCGGUGUCCCCGAUCGCUGAAAUUGAUGCAGACGAUGAAGUGUUACACCUGAUCGGCGAGCCAGACUUCCGAGACGUGCGUCUUCGCUGGGAGUAUGGGCUGGCGGACGACGAGGCUCGGCCUAAACUGCUGGCAUUCCAAGUACACUACUGCGAACUUCAGGCUUGGGGACAGUAUCGGUGUCGGACUAAGGCAAUAGACAAUUUGGAGGAAGAGAAAACGCCGAGAGCACAAAGCACGGAUGCCUCAACUACGACUAUGGCGCCAGGUGCUCGAAGAGGGCGUGUGUAUAGCACGAGAAUCACAGGGCUACGAAUGGCGACCACUUAUUCCUUCGAGGUCCGCCCCGUGCGGCGAGACGCGCGUGACCUCGCCGACCCGCAGUCCAUCGGCUCCAAGAUAAUCAUCGUGCCCACCAAAGGAUUUUCAGCCCGUGCGACUCAAUGUCUGCCACAUGCGAGCGAGGUCGAAGUGUCCACCGGUCCUUACUUCGGUGGGAGGAUAGCCGUAGAAGCAGCCGACGGCGGCCCAGAGCGGUGUUCUCUCCAAGGCAACCCGAACAGCGCUCAAGAUGCGUACAUCCUCCGCAUACACCACGACGAGUGUGGCUCCGAAGUCAAUGACACCACAGUCGCAACCUACGUUAUCGUUCAGGAAAAUCUGCCCAUACUGACUCACAGCACUAGGCGAUUUCUGGUCCUCUGCACAUAUAAACCGGAGACGUUGACGGUGAGGGCUGGUAUAAACCUGCCUAAAGCGAAUCCUGGCGACGUCUUACAACAAACCAAACCCAGCUUCGGAUCCGUGGAACCUUACGACCAAGACAUGGACUAUAAUGAGCUGCAGCCGGCUCGUCUGGAGGCGAGGAAGGAAGAGACUGAACAAAGUAUAGUGGGAGAAGUGUCGUUGGUAAUGUUCCUGGUUGUAGCAGCGUUUGGCGGAAUCGCUCUACUGAUAUGGAAGAUGGUCCCGCAAGCCGACAGAGACAACAUAUCCAUUUCAACCGUGUCGUCUCUCCGCAGCGGAAUCUUCGGUCGACGAAACAGGGACAGAUUCUCAGAUCAAAGUUCCAUUUAUUCAAUAAGCCUAUCAGAAAAGGAUGAAGGGUUCGUCAAAAAACCAAACGAAGGAGACAACACUUCGGAAGCGUGAAAUACAAGAAAGGAACAUUGAUUGUUGUAUUUGUAUUUAAGUGCACAUUGUCACGCGUUAUAUUAACCAAGUUGUUUUUCUCAGACGUGAUAAUAAUGUAAGGCGCACGAUUAUUGAAACUGUAGAUACCUAGGUUAACGUUUCUUAGACUGCAUGUAUUGAAAUUACAAAAAGGAACUUAACACUUGCAAUUGGAACUAAAGAAAAAUAUUGAUUUGAAUAGUUCAAUUAGAAGUGUGGCCAGUACAUUAUAUUUCCAAGUGCAAGCUCUAUGCCAGGGAACUUUUAGGAGAGAUGGACGCUAAGAUUGCCAUACAAAAUGAAUAUUGUCCAUAACACGUAUGCAGCUAGCUAGAUGCCUUUUUAGUUCAUAAGAUAUAAUAAUAAUUUAGAUGUAAUAACGAGUGUGAUUAAAUAAAA